AUGUUGGAAAUAACAUCACCUAGAAAUUUAGGUUUGUCCGACAAAAGAGUAUAUGUGGGUGAACAGCCAAUUGGAAGUGGAGGACAAGGAUUAGUUUAUAGAGGUGUUGGUUUUGAACAUGGUAAACCAUUGAUGGAGGUGGCAGUUAAACAUUGUGAUCGUGUCACUACUAUCAUGAAUGAAUUCAAGUUGAUGAAGGAUAUAGAUCAUCCGAAUAUCAUAAAGUACUAUGAUUGGGAUUUACACAAAGAUGGUAGAUCAUUCUUGGUUAUGGAAAGAUUAGACAUGUCUCUUGAUAAAUUGUUUAUAACUCAAGAUGAACAACAAUUGUCAAAUGUCUCUUCUUUAUCUUUAUUAUCAUCAUCAUCAUCUACUUCCUCCUCGUCAUCGGCAGAUUCAACCUCUACCAUUCCAUUUGCCAUAAAGUUGACAGAUACAGUUGUCAAGAAAAUAACCUAUGCAUUGUUGAGUGGAGUUGCACAUUUACAUCGUAAUGGAAUUCUUCAUCGUGAUAUCAAACCAUCAAAUAUAUUAAUCAGUAAACAAGGUAUAAAGAUUUCUGAUUUUGGAUUCUCAAGACAUACUUCUCAUUCUUCUUCUGCCAAUGCAGCCGGACAUGUAUUUCACACAUCACCAGCACGAUUGAGAACACGAAUUCGUCCAACCUAUGUUCAGAGUGAUGAUAUGUGGAGUGUCGGUGUCACAUUGAUGGAGUUGGGUCAACUUGAUAUCAUAACAAUGCAACAAUUCACUCAUAUUCAAGAUAAAAAGAAUUUAAAUAAUCCUCGUGUAUUCCCAGAGUUUGAAAAGGAAAAGUUAUCAGUAUUAAAAGAAAUUAUUGAAAAAUGUUUUGGUGGAGUUCAUUCGGCAGCAGAGUUACUUGUUCAAUAUCAAGAUUAUUUUGGAUCAAUUCCAAAUCAAUCAUCUGAUAACUUUUGGGAGAAUUUUAAUGAGCGAGAGGGAGAUUAUGAUAGAGCAGAGACACCACAGUUUACUGGAUCUACAAAGAUUUCUUUGACAACUUUUCAAUUGGCAACUUCAUUUGAUGAUAUAUCUACUUCAUCCACUUAUCUUUUACUCCAACACAAGGCAUUCAAAGACAAACCAGAACCUGGCACCUUCAUCCAACCAAAACAAAAUUCUGUUACAAAAGUUGUAAAUUCACUUCCAUUCUAA